GUCUCUUGGUUUUAUUCGAAAGGUGAGGUUUUAUUUUCCAAAAGCGCUCUAUCGCCAACACCAAUGGACAGACGUUAGAAGCUAUUAGGAAAGAAAAACUAAAGAAAACUGGUCUUCUAUUGUAUUUUCUGGCCAUUAAAGACUUUUAGCAAAAAAGUGAAAAUAAUAGUAUUUUUAACUUUAAACUGUGUCGUGGACCAAAAAAUUGGAAAUUGAAAAAUAAAAACAUGUGUUUUCUUAUUUGCAGUUUUUAAAAGACAAAACCCAAAAGACUUCCAUAUAUUUUUAUGUAUUAUUUCUUGUGAUAAAAAAAUCUGUAAAUCUGUUGUAAAAAAGAAGUGAACUGAGGCCCAACGAGAAUCCCCCAACAGGAAAAAAGGGAACAUAAACGAAAAUUAAAUCUCAAGCAAAUGAACAUUAGCAGCAGCAGCAGUGUGGUUGUAAAUUUUGUUGUACUAUUUGUAUAAUUUGUAAUUCCCUUUUUUGCCUGUCCAAACAACCGACCGAACGACCUACCGACAAACCAAGCCGAGAAAAAAGAGGAACUCUAAGAAAAAACCAUACGAACAAGUGUCAAAAAGAGCUCGGAAGGCAGGCAAGUAGGAAGAGUCGUCAUCAUCACCAGUAUUACAGAAUUCCGACACGGAGCGUAACAUUUUUUACAACUAACGGUGAAUGAAAUUUUUUAUGCGUUUCAUCUGUUCAUUCGGUGACUUUUAUUGUAAAACUUUUUUAAAAAUACCAACAACUACAAAUGCUAGUGCUAUUGGUUUUGGGUUAGUGUGAGUGUGUAUGAAAUUGUUGUUGUUAGUGAGUGAUUUUUUUUUUUUUUUGGAAAUAAUGUACUGAGAUUAUUAAAAAGUAACAAAAACCACAACAUUGUUCUCCAUCUCCAUUGAUUGGAAAUCGAAAAAUGUGCUUUGACUUCAACAUCAUCCCACUACGACCCAUAAGGCUGACGCUGUGAUUUCGACGGAGAAGUGCAUUUGGAAAAGAGAAGAGGUGUAGCAAAUAAAAUUGUUGCUCUACUCCCUCUCUCGUCGUGUUACAGACAUUUUCGCUUUGGCACGUUGUCGCAAAGGCAGCUGUGGCAGUAGUACCAGUACCAGCAACAUCAACAGCGACACGAACGAGCAUUUCAACAGGAUUUCGUAUUAUGUGCGAAAAAUCAAAAUUAUUGUGUGUGGCAAGAUAUCAAAACAAGGCAUAAAAUUUGCAUCAUUCAAAGGCAAGAGCAGUGGCAGCGGCAUCAGUAACGGUGACGGUGAGUGCUGGCAACGAGAGUAAGCCAAGAACACAAAGUCAAGACAACAAAUACAAAAAAAAACCCAACGAACAGGACCAACACUGUUCCACAAACACACAAAUAAAGGAAACGAAGGAUAGCAUCCUCAACAUCAUCAUCUGGUGGAGCUGGAAACGAAAAACCACAGAGGUGAGACGUUGAACAAGACGACUACAACGACGACGACGACGUGUGUACAUAAAUAAAUAAUAAAUGUUCCUCAAUGAUGAAACCACUAAAGCACAACUAAACAGAAUAUUUGUUGCUACAAAAACUACUACAAAAGCAACAAAAACUACUACGGUUUUUACAACACAACUAUCAACGGAACUGUAACUACUCCCCGAUAAAAUAUAAAAAAGUUGUCAAACAAACCGGCAUUGCAAACACCGACUCAUACACACAUUGGUUGUUAUUUAUUAUACAGCCAGGACUUGCAACCACGACAUGUUGCAAAGCUUCUCCAAUUAGAGUUGUAGAACAGAUAUCAGUGGCGCCUUCUGAGACAACAUUUUCCAGUUUGCGGAAGCGGAAGUUUUAUAACACACACAGUCUCUAUAUUGUGAGGAACAGAGAGAAAGUGAGAGAGAAUUACCCACUUGUGUUGAUGAAAGUCUGCAAAGAACACGUGCACACAUACGCUCCCAUGUUCACAUACUCGUCAUUGGCUCUCUAAGGCCGAAAGAAAAACAGCUGUUUUCUGGAUAAGCAAUACAACGUGGUUUUUGGGUGCGUGCCGUAUUCUCAUUCUCGAAUUCUUGAAGUGCUCUCUCUCAAUUUUCCAAACAUUUUUUGUUUAUUCCACUCUGUGAGAGUGCUAAAAUAGGCAAAUCUCUUCGACAUUGAAUGCAUGUUUACGUUAUUUGUACACGAACGAACUCUUCCUGGUGUCGUCUGUUUGUUGUUUGAUUUGUUGGCUUCGUGUUAACGGACCAAAAGCCGGUUCGUGCUUUCCUUUCGUGAUAUUGUGUAUGUUCGUGUGUCUGUGUGCACGUCAGAGUUUUGGUUUGUAUUGUGGCCGUGUACAACUCCUCCAUUGACACCUUGCAUACAAUAGUAACAGCAAAACUGAGACUUAUUUUGCAAACAAACAAAUCGAGAGUUAAAAGCUAGGUAGGCUGGCAUACCGGCUGUGUCGACCCACCGAGUGAACGAACCAACAAAUUGACUUUGAAUCUCAAAAACAGAGAAACAACCACAACUGAAACGAAGUAACGGCAGCAACAACAGCAAACAUCCUUAUCAUCAGCCACUGCAGGAGUAACAACAACAACCACAAGAGCCGAGGAAUACUGGGAACAGGAAAAACAAAUCUCUGUGUGGAAAUUGUAUUUUCUAUUCAAAACAAUGCCUUCACUGCAACAGUUCAAUUCAAAUGAUUCCAACUGCCACCAAGCUUCAUUGAAUACAACUACAUCCCCGGGCGCGAUGAGAUCUCCCAACAACACCAUUACUGGCCUGUCAGCAGACACAACGACAUUGACAGCUGCUGCCGCGGCCGCUGCGGCUACAGUUGGCACUGAACUGCUGCAACAGCAUUCAAUUAAUUCCAUAAUUGAGCAGCGACGCCAGGACUUUCUAACCCGUCACGCCAGUACAACAAGUGACGCGGCCAACACAACGCUAACCAAUUCAACAAACUCAACAUCGGAUACCCUAACCUCAACAUUAAAUGAUCCCAUUGCAUUGACGGCUGAAUUUCUUGGCUUGGACAAUCGUUCGACAAAUCCAACAACAGCAACAACAAUGACAAACAACAUUUUAAAUUUAGCUAACGUGGGCAACAGCACCAGCACUUCUUCGUCGUCGAUUAUUGGCAAAGUUUGCGGAGCCGUGGGGGCUAAUGGUAUUGGUCGCAUGACUGCCAUAACUGGCGUUGGAGGCGGAGUUAAUGCCUCAUCAUCCACCACAUCGGCCUGCAAUGGCACUAGUCUCCAAACCAAUAUCGAUGUCUUGAAUUGUAAUGGCAAUGCAAAUGCCUUGGCGGCCGCUUACAUGCCACUCACACCCAGCUCCACACAAUCCUCCAUAUCACCGGGCACAACGGCAACGGGCAACACUUUCGACAUGUUCCAGGUAAGUUUUGUAGUAAACGAUGACCAUACGCCCAUGGGCCAUCGAAAAUAAUUGCAUUCGAUCUUU